GAUUUCAGUCGGAGGCAGCAUCUCGGCAAAGACUGGUUCAGAUAUCCGCAGUACCAUCAACCAAAGCUUCCCGUAGCCUAAAAUGCGGAAGGACACUUAACAUCAGACCUCGACUGAAACAUAUUCAAAGGAUUUACAGACCGUUUUAUGGAAGCCGAGGCUGCUGUUGUAAUGCUGCCUCCCAAGAACUGCAUCCCCAGAAACUACAGUUGUAUAGCCGGGCUGUUCGGAAGCUUGACAGCAUCAGAGCAAAACCUGGAGGACGGAGAAGAAGAGAUGGAGGGAGAGGAAAGCAAGAAUGGAGACUGCGAAUCGUUAGAAACCAGCGUAGUGAAUGAAAAACCGAGAGGAAGGGAGUCAUUCACGAAGCCCCCGUGUAGCCCGACCCUGCGCCGCAGGUGCAAGUCUCUCCCCACAUCGGCUGAAAGAGCCAAAUUAGAGAUCGCACGAACCCAGAGCCCAAGCAAUCAAAAAAGGGUACGUUUUGCAGACUCUCUGGGCCUGGACCUGAUUUCUAUCAAACACUUUGAUGACACGGUUAUGCCUGAGGUACCAGACCGCAUUAUUGAUAAAUUCAAGAAAGCCAGAGCGCUCCACUUGAACAAUUUCGACAAGUCCAACACAUCAAGCCAGUCCGUGUUUAUGGAGCUGCUCUUCACAAAUCCAGGAUCCCUGCCGGACUUCCUUGACAGAGUUAUAGCUGCGAAGGUUUUACUGGAGUCUGUACAGGCUGAUGAGUGCAGCCUCUCGGGGACCGCGCGGGUUCUCAACUUGGCUUUCGAAAAAAGGGUCUAUCUGAGGUACACCUUAAAUAACUGGACGACAUUCAUGGAUAUACUUGCGUCCUACGUCCCCCAUUCCAGCGACGGUCAGACUGACAAGUUUAGCUUCAAAAUCAUCACUCCGACCUUUCUGGAGUUUGGCGGAACACUGCAGUUUGCCAUCAAGUACUGUGUCGAGGGAGGUGAAUUUUGGGACAACAACAAUGGGAAUAACUACAGAGUAAGGCGACACAGAUUUAAAAUUUCUCCUCCAAGGGAAUGGGAGAACGGAUGGAUCCAUUUUAUUUAGUGCGAGCAUCAGCCGUUCUGCUACGACGAAGCUUGCUCAUGAAUAUUAAUUUCGUGACUUCCAUUGACGGAUUGGCUAAGUAAUAAUCAUUAGUCAAGGUUUCGCCAUAGUAGGAUUAGGAAUCUCUCCAGCAUUGUACCAUGAAGGAACUACUGACCUUCCAUGAAAAACGUAUGUAGCAUACCACAUAUUCGUAAAUGUAACACCGUUGUCUGUGUUCUUGUCAUUGCGUAACCAAUGGUAGAGAAUAGGAAAUUAAAUUGACGUCACAGAGGCAACCACUAAUUGACAAAUAUAACAUUAGGCAUAUUGUUCUCUUGAUUUUGAUUGUUUAGCUGCUGUACAUGGGAGACAAGACCCUGUCCUGCAUUCAUUAAAAUGAGCAGCACCAUUUUAAUGAAGCCAGUUUACAUUUAGUUUUUACGCAUGUGCUGUAAUAGGAUAUUGUGUAAUAAUUACAUAAUCCACGGUGAGCCUGUUACUCGUCGGUUGUGCAUCAGCAUCACUUGUGCUUGUUUUACGUAAGUUUGUAGCUAAGGGUUUCGGCUAACAUUACCUCUGAGGAAGAUUUUGAUACAAUAAUAAAUCAAACCUUUUAGAAGAGGCUAUACCUUGUAUCCAUGAAAAAUUGUGACCAGUUCUGCUCUGCCUGCUGCAUGCAGGUCUUGAAAUAACUGCCUCUUGAGGCCAGGGGAAUAAUCAGGGGAAUAAGGAUGACCUGCGCAGCUCUUACAGAGACGGAGCAAAAAUGAAUUUGCUGAGCCGCCAAGGUGUCUUGCUUUAGCAAUCCAUGUGCAGCAAGUAAAUAUUGCAUACAUUUUCAUGUAGGCUGUCGACUAUUUAGUGUUUUACUUUUAAAUUAGAAAAAAAAAUCGUUUUAAAAUAUAUAUUAGUUGGGAUUGUCCACUCAAAAAUGAAAAUUCUCUCACCAUUCACACACCCUAAUGUCAUCCCAAAUGUUUGUUUAGAUGGACACAAACAUUUUUAAGAAAAAUAUUACAUCUUUUACACAUUAACAAAAGGGUAAUUUUGGGGGUGGGCUAUCCCUUUAAUGCAUGGUACUGGUCUUAUUGACGUUUCAUCCUCACGUUUGAUUGUCCCGUGACAUGCUCACCUGACAUUUAAAAUGCAGAUGUGUUUCCAGCUUCUCACAAUCCAGUCGUUAACUGAUUGAUAAAAUCACUCUGAAAUGUUUCAAUAUGACAGCAGAGUCAUUCAUAACUUCUGUUUCAGAAAAUUAUUUUUAUUUAAUCCCCAAUUCAACAAAAUUUUGUUUACAUCUAAACCAAAUACAUUUUAAUAAUCACUAUUAAGCAUGUAUUUAAUCAUUUAUAGUUGAUAUGUAAUUAUUGAGUACGGUAUUUUAUUGUAUGAUGGUCAUGCUUAAUUUUAAAUUUUUACAGUGUUCAUUUCAUUUAAUAAUUUUUGACUUUUCAAUGCAUUUAAAUCACACCCUUCCUCCAUCAGCAAUGACAGCACAUAAAUUAAUAAACUUCAGCUUAAUAGUAAUUAUUAAGAUUGAUUUGGUUUGGAUUUGGUAAAAUGUGCUUGGUAAAAAUAUAUGACCAAAAUAUUGAUUAUGCAUGCACUGUAUGAAAUCCCCCCACCCACCCCACAUUUUUAUAUAAAAGCGAUUGUAAAAUUACAUUGAAAUUAGCAUGACAGCGUGACACCAAAGUGGCUCUGUAAAAUAAUAUAUAUAUAUAUAAAAAGAAAAACUAAAAUAAAAGAAGGUAAAAUUUUGUGAUUUAAUAAUUGACGUGAGUUUAUGACGUUUCUGUGGGGUUCACUAAUGUUACAUUAGUAAUUGUGAGUUGCUUUCUUUGUCUACAUACACUUCUUGACCAUUUUUUUGCUAAAAUACCCAAAUCAAAUAAACCUUAGACAUCAUAAAGUAAUUUUAAUACUAAAUAUAUUAAAAUAAAUAUACUUCCAUUGUUCUAUUUAUUCUCUUUAAAUUAGAUAACAUAUCAAAGAUUAUUUAUUUAUCUAUUUUUAACAAAACCAAAUGAGUAGGUAUUUUCAGGGAUAAUUAACAUUUUAAAACACCUAGACCUUAAUAAAACAAGCUUUUACAUUGACGUGAACUUAUCAGCUUUCAUGCUAAAACCAUAAGAACAGAAAGUGUUCCGACAAGUCAGUUUAAUAUACCUUACACUGUGUAACCUAAGUCUGGUUUGUGUGAUAUUAUAAGUGUUAUUUUGAAUUAUCUAACAUGGAUGUAGGUUAGUAAAGUUUUUCAAGCCAUACCUGUACAUCUCAAUUGAAUUCAGAGGCAAAAGCACACUUGAAACAAUGUGUUAAAGUCUUCUCCGUAGUUAAGUUUAUCUUUAGAAUGCUGUCUCUGAACUGCAGCUCUAGUUCUGUGUAUUUCUAUGGCAUUGCUUUCAAAAAGUAAUUAGCUGGUGAAGUGGAUUUACUUUUUUGUAGAGUUAUUAUGAACACAGUCAUUUUUGAAGCGGAUGUCAUAACAAAUGGCAGUAGACUGGUAAGAUUGUAAAACGAGUGGUCCCUAAAUCUGUAAGAUUAGUGUUGAAAAGGGAUGGGGCUACAUGAGAACUAUAGUGAAUUACUGCCACUGAAGGUGGGCUAUCAGGUUGCAGGCCAAGAUUAAAUGACUUCCUGAUCCUCUUGUACUCGGCUACAGUCACAGCUGUUGCUAGGGUAUCUGAGGCCCCGGUUCAGGUUGUUGCUAUGGGCCCUCCUCCUCAGUUGAAAUCGCAUGGAGCCCACUGAAAGCCCUGAUAAUCGUCACUACCACAGCUACAGCUGAUGGUUGAACAUAAAAAAUCACGACACCCGAUGCAUCCAGGUUUCAUUAGUGCCCUCGAAUUAUUUUGAAAUCAUUCAAAGAUUAUGCACUUUUAUUUAAGACUUUUUUUGGUCUUUCGCCGCACUUUGAAUAGUCUAUUACUGAAUGACAAAUGAUUGUAAAGCUGAACUUGUAUGAAAGAGUAUGAAUAGAGCGACUACUCUUUGUAAAGUUAUACAGCAUGCAAAAAGAAUUCAGAUACCUUACAUAUUAUAUAUUGUUAUAAUUAUAUAUUUUAUAUAUAAUUAUAUAUUUUGUUGCCACAUUUUGUUAUGCUACAGACUUAUGCUAAAAUGAAAUAAUUGAAAAGAUGAUCCGGAGAAAUGGAAUGCACCUAAACUAAAUGUCUGGUGUCACAGCAAAGCAUCUGAACACUUCAAAUCCUGUUAUAUAUUUAUGUGAUAUUUAGUUUUUUUGUCCUUUUUUUCUGGUUUGGUUUGGGGCAUAUUUAAAGCAUUUUAGCAUAAGGCUGCGACAUAACAAAAUAUGAAAAAAAGGAGUCUGAAUACUUUCUGAAUGACUCUUGCACAAAUGGACAUCCUGCUUUUCUUCAACAUCCACAAGUUUUACCUCUUUAAAUUGCCAAUCUUUGCAUUAUUUUUAUUUUUCUUCACUGGGUUUAUACUUCUUUAGUCAUUUUCUGUUUUAAACUACGGGUUUGGGACAGUUGGAAGGCAAGUCGACGGAAAAGGCUUGCUAUUUUAAGUUCUUAUUGUAAUGUGACUGUUUAUGGAUUAAAAUAGUUGGAUCUUUGUGGAAGAAAAACUGAUAUGUGCUAUUGUUUCACAAAUUACAAUCUGUGUUUGUUUGAACCUAUGCAAUACCUGUCUUUAAUAUUUCUGUUCUGUAACUGUAUCAGUGUGUCAUGUUGUUAAUCGAUUUAUUUUGGAAUAGUAAUACUGUUGUCCUCUGCUUGCAUGUACAGACAUCCUGCACUUUUAUUUAGGCUGUAUGGUGAAGGUGUAAUGUAGCAUAAUUGAGUUCAAGAAUUAAAGUAUUUUGCAGUAUCAAAUUUCACUGUGUAAUAUCUCAUUGUUCUUCAGCUUUACCCACUGUGUAGAGAGUAUUGAUAGGGAAACGUACACCCCUCAAUUCUCUGUGUUUGGUAAUAAAAUGCUGUUAUAAUAUAAAA